AGUCAGUUGUGAGAAAGUCAAGGUGCUGCGAGGAGAUUCACGUGUUCUGAUUGACUACGAGAGCCUGGGGAGAGAAACUGAGUACCUGAAGAGAGAAAUUCAUUAUCAAUGAACCUAUAUAGGAAUUUUGGGAAUCUCCUUGAGAGUUGGGUGACCGAAGGCUACUCGGAUUUACACUUUCAGUCAGGAGCUGGUGUGGACAGAUUAGACUCAGUGUCUAGGAACUCCGUCCCACUAUCCAAUGUAAAAUCAGAAUCCGAGGACUCAGGAUUUGAGACGGUUAGUACAACUAGUCCCUGUCAUUCUCAUCAAUGUAGUGCACUGACAUCUGAAGAAUCACACCCAGUUUCUGGCUCUACAGUGAAUGAUGUCCAACCUUCAUCCCAGUCUCCUUCUAUUUGCUCCUCCUCAUCCUCAUGUGUCUCUCUCGGUUCUGUGGCUCCAAAAACAACAUGUCUGAAGGUGGAGCAAUCCUUGAGAAGGACAGAACCACCUUCAUGGAGAGAACCUUUGCAUCAGACGGAAAGGGGGCCCACUGGCCCACGGUAUCGCUGUCACACGGCCUCUUUUCCAACCAGCUAUCACCCAACCAGCUCCAGACCACAUCAUCGGUUUGCUCACCCAAGGAGAACACAUUCACAACCUUCAGAUCCCAUAAAAGCAGAUCUGUACAGAAAACGUAUUAAAUACGACCAACAUUGCCAACCAGUAGACAGCCAGUUGGAGCAGUUUGCAGACGGUGAUCAAUACAGGCUGGACAAGCUCUCUCCAGGGUUGCUGUACCUGGAGCAGGUGUGCAGGAUGCUGGAGAACAUCGCAAAGCUACAGCAGCAAAACCACAGCCUGCAGAAGGAGGUGGAGAUCCUGAAGAGUCAGCAUGCUGAAAUAGAGUGUGUACGCUUACACAAGGAGGAAAUAAGCUAUCCUGACAGUCAAAGUUUACAGAUUCUGGGUCAUGAAGAUCCAACCAGUGGAUCGUCACGCCUAAAGGAACCCAUGGGGUUUCGGCACAGAUCAGUAUCUGACACUCAAGCCGUCGGCCGUCACAGGAGAGCAAGGUUUGCUCGAGACGAUCUUAUUGCAGAUGUCUUAGUCGAGGAGCCUGAUGAUAAAGAUCCUCAACCUGAAAAUGAACACAAAAAGCUAAGUAAGAUCCAAAAGCUAAAAUUUACAUCAUUUCGAAGGCAGGGAACACAACAGUCUGACAAAGAAAGUCAAAGCGUUCAGCCUAAGAAGAAGACAAAACUGCCAAACAUUUUCAGGAGCAGAAGGAUGACCACACGUCUCUGACAUUCAGGUCACAGUGAUGGUGUUUCAAAGCAGUCAUACACACCAUCCAUUUACCUGAGGAUUAUGGCACUAUUAUGUGUAACUUUCCCCCAGUUUCACAGAUAAGGCUUAAGCUAGUCCUAGACUAAAAUGCAUGUUUGAUGCAACUUGUACUGUCAUAUUGUAACUUAAAAUAUGUCACUGACAUUAUUUUGUCUCAAGAUGCACACCAGUAAUGUUUUUUUCUAAGGCAUGUUUAUAAAAGAUACUUAAAUGUCCUAAUUGAACUAAGACCUAAUCCUGGCUUAAUCUAAGCCCUGUAUGUGAAACCAGGCCUAUGUGUUUCAGUCAAGUACUUUGCACUUAAAUAAAGUACUAGUACUAGUAUUAGUACUAGUACUACUAAUAAUCUUCAUGUACUUAAUUGUUCUGUGGAAUUGUCAAUGCACUUUUUGUUUUUUGCUAUGGUAUAUUUGCAUGCAAUGCAAAUUGUUGCAAUGGUUUAAUUUUCACUGCUGGAUCUUUAAUUUUUUUUUAGUAUAUUAUCAUUUAUCAUUUAUCAUGGUCAUUCUCAGUACGUCAACCUUUGCUGCUAAAACAACUUUUCUUUUACCUUAUUUCGUAGUGUAAAGUGUUUUAAUACAAAAUAAUGUAAUAAAAUAUACAAUAUACAGA